AUGGCACACCAGGCGCACGUCCGCCACCCAUCCACAUCCACCCACGCACCACCCCCGACGACGCUCCAUCUCACCUUCACCUCCCCAGAUCCCUACAACACCACCCUCGUCCCCUCCUCCCCGACCGCCACCACUGGAAUCGCACAGUCCCAUUCCCCAUCCGCCCUCUCCUUCAGCUCCUCCGCCCUCGCCGACACUCCUACCCCUCUUCCAAUCCACAACGGUAACGGCGACAGGUCUAUAUCCGAUGAAGGAGGCAUUUGGGAUGGCGAGGAGAGGCGAGGGGAUAGUAUAAGCAUCCGCGUCGAAUCUCCCGUUUCCGAGUAUUCUGCUCCCAGGACUAGUCCCGCAUCCAGUAGCAGGAGUGGGAGUGGAAGUCGGGGUCGGGGUCGGAGCCGGAGUCAGAGCGGAAGCAUCCAGCGUCCCUCCGGUGCCCAUCCACAUCUGACCACCACCGUCGCCGGCUCGGGGAUAAUAAGUGCGAGCGGGAGCCUCAUGUUUGCGCCCACAGCGCGGGGAGGAGCAGGGCCAGGAGGAGUAGGAGGAAGCCGUACGACUACACCGGUGGUCAGACUCGGACAACGGCCGCGUUCGAGCUCCGGUGAGCGGAGCGGUGGGACAUCGGAGGUAGAACGACCCGAGGCCCUCUACGUCGUCGUCUCUCCCGCCUCUUCAUCCGUCAAUCAGAAUCAGAAGACCGGAGGUCGUGUUGCUAGGACCGAGUAUGCCACAUGGGAGGGCGAAGGUGGUGGUAGAGGGGUGGGUGAGCAGGAUGCGGAGGAGGAUUCGGGAGAGGACGAGGAUGCGAGGAAGGGCGAGAGUGGCAGUCGGUGACGG